UCAACAGUCAAACUCAUUGUCAAUAGUCAAAACUUGGCGUGAAUUGUUAAUUUAUAUUAAAUUAUAUAUCUAAGCAUAUUGAAGUAAUGGAUUAGUUAUUUAUUAAACAUAAUAUAUUUAACUAGUACAAUAUGGACGAAGAGGAUCCAGUUGUCCAAGAGAUCCCGGUCUAUCUUUCACAAGCGCUUUCAGAGCAUUUAUAUAUUUAUCAAUACCCGGUUAGACCGGCGAAUAGGGAUUGGAAAGAUAUCAAAGUUAUCAAUGCCUCUAUAAAACCAAAAAAUCAACUUGUGCGAAUGGAAAUCGGUCUGGAUACGUAUAGUGAAAAAUAUUGUCCCUCUAAAGGAGAACAGAUAGCUUUGAAUACUGAUGGACCACAGGAAUCAAAAUAUAUUAAAGAUAAGGAAAAAGAGAGAUCUCAGUAUUUUAGAAAUGGUAUAAUGGACAAGAUUGUGUAUGAAAGCAGCUCACCAUGUUUAGAAACCAAGCAUUACGCUGUAGCUAUUCUACAGGAUAAGGAAUUACAUUGUACACCUAUAAAAGGUAUUUGUCAGCUGAGACCGUCAUAUUCAUAUUUUGAUAAACAAGACAAAAGGAAGAUCGACAAGAGCAAAGCCGAGAAUUCCGAUGACGAGGAAAAAGAAUCGGAACCCCAACAGGUGACUGUAAAGUUCUCAAGAGCGGAAACGGAUGUGGCGAAGAAAGCGAGGGAAAAAUCAUAUGAAUCCAUCUCACAGAAGAUAGCCAAUGAACCUUGGUAUGAUGCAUUCUGGAGAAAAUUGGAUGAUGAUCAUGCUGAUUUGGAGCGUCUAAAGUUAUUCAGCUCAACAACAUCAGACGGUUCAGCUCUAACUUUGGGUGCGACUGAGUAUAUAAACACCUUGGUGCCUUCGCUCACUGACGAAGCUGAGAUGCCACCAGUUAAGAAGACCUCCUUACAGGAUCAGAUUAAGGAAAUUUUGUUAAAUGCUAAACUGAUGACGUUCAACGAGCUCCGUUCCCUGGUCCGCAACGAUGAGGGUAGUUUUGUGAGUGAGAGCGCCCUCCUCGCGGCUUUGGGCGGCGUCGCGUGCUGUGUCCGCGGCCUCUGGACCGCGCGCUCGCAGCAGAUGUACACUCGACCAGCCCCCGCGCCGCCUAGACUGAUGUGCGCGGCCAGGGAUCACGUGCUCUACUUAUUCACGCAGCACUCGUACGUGGAUCGUCGGAAAAUAGCGGCGGCUGUACGUCUACCGGCUCAGGAAGUAUUGGAAAUACUUCGCUCCGUCGCUAAGUUGAAUCCGCAGACUGGAUGGGAACUUCUCUUGCCACCGGAUUCAGCAUUCGAAGCCAAGUAUCCGGAGGUGAUUCAGAGGCAGAACCUCUAUUGGGAGGCCUGCCAGCGGCAGUUCAACGAGAUGCUGAUAGGUGAAAACCUUCCAAAGCGGCAAAGAAAAAAGUCCCAAAGGGAUUCAAUAAGUUCGGAUUCAAUGCUGAGCCCUAGACCGAGAAAUUACAGUGUUAGUGAGGAUGAUGAUAGGAAAAGGAAGAUCAAAAUGGCCUCAGGUUCUAAAAGGACUAGAAAUAUGAGUUCAAGUAGUGCCCAGGACGCAACGUGACUGUUGUUAAUACUAGGUUAUCAAAUUUCACACAUAGUAAAGGCAUCACAGUGUUUAUUGCUUACGAGCCAUCUUCUAGAACUUGCUAAAACAAUUUGUUUAGACCUUACAACAUAAAAUAUUCAUUUUGACAUAUUAAUUUCCUCUCUCCAACACUGCCAUAGAUAAAUAAAUUUAAAUAUCACAUGCUUACUCUAUAAUAUGAAGAGUUAUCUUUAUAUAUUACUAACGAGCAACUUGAAAGUUAAGUCGAUCAGUGCAUACAUCAUAAGUCAACUGGCUAAGAUAGUGAUGUUUGUAUUUUAUAGUAUGUACAUUGAUAUUAUCAUGACAGAUAAAUAUAUUCAAUAAUAUUUAACAGAUAAGCCAUUUUGAUAGCCAAGUGCUUUACAUGAGAAUGCCGUCAAGCCCAAUACAAUGUUAUUAUAAGUGUAAAUAAUGAAGUCCGUGUUAAAUUGUUUUUUGGAUUUGAAUCUGUAUAUCGUUGUUAUUUUUGUAAUCAAAUAAACAGCAUCUGCUCUCAAACAUUA